AAACCUCUUGUGUUUGUCUCACAAAACUUGUGCAGGAAGUUUGACUCGGAGUAGACAGCUGAUUUGUAAAAGUUGGACAGUGUUAUGAGUGGACACACGGUCCCUGCGGACAUCUCAGACCACAUGUUGGACUUGGACGAGGACGAAGACCUGGAGGUUUACAGUAAGAACACCACCCUGGCUGAUGGAGGCCCCAUGCCCAACUCUCCUGGAUCAAUGGUCAACCAGUACCAACUGGAAGAGGAUGAGGAGGAUCACCAGGAUGUCAAAACUAAAGACAUCUUUGUCUGUGUCGACAACCCAGAGAGCCACAUCACUGCUAUCGAGACCUUCAUCACGUACAGAGUGGUGACCAAGACUAGCCGGAGUGAAUUUGACUCCAGCGAAUAUGAAGUACAUCGGCGCUACCAGGACUUUGUGUGGCUCCGAAGCCGGCUGGAGGAGAACUACCCAACACUGAUUGUUCAUCCUCUCCCAGAGAAGUUUGUGAUGAAAGGCAUGGUGGAGCGUUUCAACGAUGACUUCAUCGAGACCCGGAGGAAAGCCCUGCACCGCUUCCUCAACAAGAUCUGUGAGCAUCCUGUCCUGUCCUACAGCCAGCACUUCAAAGCUUUCCUCACCGCUCAGGAUUUAGGUCCCUACAAGAAACAGGGUCCAGGCUUUCUGAGCCGGAUGGGGGAGACGAUGAGGGCUGUGGCCAUCUCGGUGCGAGGACUGAGGACUAAGCCAGAGGAGUUCACUGUCAUGCAGGAGUACAUCGACCACUUCAGUACUAAAAUUUGCUCUGUGGACAAAGUCACCCAAAGGAUCAUCAAGGAACAAAAAGAGUAUAUGGACGAACUGAAGCAGUACAGCCCCUCCUACCUCCAGUGGGCAGAAUUGGAAGAAGAGCUGGCAGAACCAUUGAAAGGUGUAGGCAACUGCAUAGAGCGAUGCAGUAAGGAAACUGAGGAUCAGAUCCAGCACCUGUCUGAAGUCCUGCUCCCCACCCUGCAUGAGUAUGUCCUCUGUGCCGACACUUUGAAGGCUGUGAUGAGACGCAGAGACAACAUCCAGGCCGAGUAUGAGGUGAAGAACGAGGCCUUGGUGUCGAGGAGAGUCGAACAAGAAGGACUGCAGGAGGAGGUGGAGGAUCUGGCAGGCCGAGUGGAGCAGGCCAACAGCGCCCUGAGGGGGGACUGGACCCUCUGGAGGAACGUUAUGAGAACUGACCUCAGGUCAGCCUUCGUCUCUGCAGCUGACAGGAAUGUGGAAUACUAUGAGAAGUGUCUGGCUGUGUGGGAGUCCUUCCUCUUGUCUCAGAGAGGAGAGUCUGUGGAGCAGACGGACUGGGAACAUGGCUCUUAAACUCUGGAGAAGACCGGUUCUCAGAACCACACCAGGGUCAACCUGUGGUCUGUCCACGUGGGACCUGGAGGCCGAACCACUGUCCCGUUACAGAAAAGGACACUUUGUGUGUUUUUCUUUUCUUUGACCAAAGAUGUUUGUUUCUGACUCUGAAUCAUUCCUCCGAUCGUCAUUCCUGAUCUAAUUAUUCAGCGCUGUGCUGUCCUGUAUGCAGUACUCUGGUCUUUAUGGCUGGAACGUUUCAGAAAAUGUUGUUUUUAUUUAUCUGAUCAGUUCUGACGGAGGAGUUAGACCCUCUGGCUGUCAGUCAUGUGUGAUCUACACCUGAUCUGGUUCAGCCUCUCCUCAUGUCAAGCUGAUCAAAUGUAAACACUAAAACUGUGGAAUGUGUUUUCAUCAUGGAUGUUCUGAUCUUCUCUACCCUCAUCGUGACUUCUCUGUUCUAUUUAAUCAUUUGUUCUGAGAAACAUUUGGAGUUGUAACAAGCUGGCGUUUCUGAUCACAUAACUAACCAUACCUGCAGUGUAUAUUAAUGUCAGCUGGGUCAAAUUCAGGAUUAUGUAAUAAAGAGACUUGAGCAUGA